UCAGUAUAGCGGUGAAAACCUCCCUGCUCCACCACCAGCUCUGAUUUAUUUCCUUUACGAGAACAUGGGCACAAUUUUUAAUCAUAUUCCUGACCUCACAAAUCCGUGUGUAGUUUUGUAAUAUGGGGCGUGCUGUGUCUCACACACUCACACACACACACACACACCUCUAAUCCCUGGAUCCUCUGAGUAGUAGGACCAUGAAUUCUGGGACGGUGUUGCCAGGGGGAAAGUGACGCCCGGGACCUGUUGGAGAUGACGGCUGAAGGAGGAGGAUUAAAACAAGGGGAUCAUUUUAGCAGUGAUCGUAGAAGAUAGCGGGGAGAAGCCAUCGCCUCUCUGUUUAAAGGGUUUGUGGAGAUGGAGUCGCUGAUGAGUGCGGUGGCUCCACGCUCCCCAGCCCCCUCCAAGAAGCUGUUGGAGGUGGACUUCCGCUCAGGGGCCACUCUGGAGCAGCUGUCGGCACAGGUGUCUGAGCUGGUACUACUAGAACAAGGGGAGUUUGGUGACCAGACCGCCUUAGAGGUCCACACAGCAAAGGACUUUAUCUUCAACAUGCUAGGUAAUGUAUGCCCACAAACCAGUGGCACUCUGUCUCCUCCCUGCUGUCCCCUGUCAUCUCUGCUACCCCUUAUAGUGCAUUGCAGAUGCUGUCACAUUUUGGGAAGUUUUGUGUGGAUAAACAAAGAACAUGGUCUCCCCUCUCUCCUGCCCCCCUCAGAUAAAGGCUCCAUCCCCUCCCUGGGCUCUCCUCAGUCUCUGGAUGGAUGCUACUUCUCGCCCAGCCUGGUGACAGACUGGUUCUGGGGGGUGGUGAGUGAGGCUGUAGAGGAACUGAGGCGUAGCCCCCAGAGGGGCAUCCCCACACCGGAUCGACUGGAGAGGAAUGGACCCCUCACUACCAUCAUCCUCCAGGCAGGAUCUAGCCGGGUGUUGUACGACCUUCUACCUGUGGUGUCGUUCCGGGGCUGGCCGGCUGUGGCCCAAGGCUGGCUGACCGCCAACCAUUUCUGGGAUGGAAAAAUCACUGAGGAGGAGGCCAUAUCUGGCUUCUAUCUGCUGCCCUGCUGCUCCCCGCUGGGUGGCCGGCCCGACAGGGAGUGGAGGCUGGCAUUCUCACGCAGUGAGGUUCAGUUGAAGAAGUGCAUCCCUUACCCGAUGGCCCAGGCUUUUCAAGCAGCCAAGGCGGUGCUGUCUCGUAUCCUGGCUCGUCCUCGCACAGGUCUCAGCCUCUACCAUCUGCGAACCCUCCUCUUCUGGGCCUGUGACCGACUCCCUGCUGCUUACCUGUCUAGCCCUGAUCCCGAUACUGCUGGUCGCCUCCUCCUUGGCCUCUUGGAUGACUUGGCUCAUUGCAUCCUGGGUAAAAACUGUCCAAACUACUUCCUCCCCCAGUGCAACAUGUUGGAGCACUUGUCGGACAGCCAGGCACUGCUGGUAGCUAGGAAACUGGCCCACGUGCGCUCCGAUCCCAGUGAGCAUCUCCGGGCGGCUCUGGACCAAGCUCAGCAGGCGGGCCAGCUGAAGAAGGAGCUGACGGCCAGCACCAAUGGCCAUGGCUCCCCAGGGCAUCACACAGCCAACGGUAUCAUUUCCCCAUCGGACGACAAGCUGGCACAGCGGCUGCAGCAGCUGGUCACAGAGAAUCCUGGGAAGUCCAUAUCCGUCUUCCUGAACCCUGAUGAUGUCACCCGGCCUCAUUUCCGUAUCGAUGACAAGUUCUACUGAGAAGAUGUGGAAACGUGUGUGUUUUGCUCCCAAUGUGACAUCACACUGAAUGUCAGGCAGAUUGUUUUCUUUUCCUGAAACACAGAGCUGACCUGAAACUGAGCACAGACCUCCUCUCUCUAUCACCCUGAAGCAGAGCAAUGCCUUGCUGCUCGGCUGACUUUUUUUAACCAAAAAAAAAAAACUACUACUACUACUACUACUACUGACUAAUGUUGUCCAGUUUCGUGGGCAUCGCACAAUAGACAUGAUGUCACCAAGCUGUUGCCACGGAAAUGGCCCUCUUGUAAUGAGCCGGCCUUAACGAGACUUAUCAGCUGGUGCUAAAAAGACAAGAUCAACACAGACAGAAGGGUGUGUGUGUAUCUGUGCGUGUGUGUGCGUGUGUGUGUGUGCGCGCGUGUCUGUGUGCGUGUGAACUUUGCGCACCUUUCACUUUUGACUUACAGUUGCUGCAUUUCUCUGUUUUUAAUUUGAGAUCAGAGUCGGUGAGGGCUGAAUCAGAAAACCAAGGUGUGGCUGAUGUAACUGAAUGUAACGUUGAGAGUCUCGUCUCUCCCUCAGCCACAGUUUAGCUCUCUCUUUAACACCAUGCCUUGAAUAAUGAGAUCUUAUAUUUUUUAGUCUUUCUCAGGUAUUCAUAAUACUAAUCAGUUUUUUCUAUGUACGUGAUUCCAUCUCAACGUCUCUAACUACUGUAUUUACGCGGUUAAGCUGUGCUGCACCAUCCAGGGUCAUGUAAGCUCCUCUGUUGAUGUAGAAACUGCUCCACAAAAGUCUCUAUUAGAGACGGAACUAACGCGCCUUUUACCGGACAGGUAUCAAGCACUCCACAUAGCUUGUUUGUGUCCCCCCCCCCCCACUCAGCUUUAAUGGAAUGUAUACAAUUGAAAAUCAAACUAUGACAUGGCUCAGGAGACUGACAUUCAGGAUCUUCUCAAACACGUUUGCCACACGAUCCCAAACGAUCCCAAACCGGUUCAUUAGAAGACGACUGACUGGAUUUGCGGAACCUGAACAGACAUCCAGUGUUGUAGUAUGCCUUACAUGAGUGAUAAACAACAUUUAAAAACAAUGUCAAGAGACUCCAGAGGUCAAAUGAGCACCCGUGUGUUGUCAAGUGAAAGAAAGUGAGGUACAGGUACAGAAGCCAUGGCUUAUCGGCCGACUUUUCUUUUAGCAUAUUCACGAAUGAGUCGUGGUACUUCCUCCAGCAGAAGGUCCAGCAUGUCAGACACCUUGUUGCUCGUCUCUAUUAACUCCCUGUUUAAGAAAGUGAGUUUUGUGUGUCUCAGUUGAUUUUCUUUUAGACUUAUAGUUGCCCCUCCUUCUCCUCUGCUUAGUUGGUCUUUUUUUUAAAUGAGUGCUGUGUGAUUGAGAGUGUGUGUGUGUGUGUGUGUGUUGCUGUGUAUUCACAGAGACGAAACACACAGCAGGACACAGACAGACGCCCAGAUGUUGCCCAUUGAAUGAUCCCCUCAGUGGUUACUGGGCCCGAUCGUUUGUCAUCAGACAGAGGCUAAAACCACCAGGGGAGGGAGGGAUGGAUGGAUAAAAGGAGAUAGGACCUUCUCUGGUCUUUUUAAAGACAUCAGAAGUAAGAGAACAGGCCUUGCGGCGUCUGGACCGCUGCCUCUCUUUGAGGCUGUCACUGUUUUUUGUUUUUUUUUCCCCUGCUGUUUCCGACUUCCCUAACUCUUUCUCCUUUUUCUUCCAUUCUCAUCUCGAUCUGCAUUUCCCUCCACAGAGCGCUAGUGCUUUUCUGUCUUUCUCCUCCCGAAAAAGGUCCGGAGCCACAGGAAGCCUUCUGUUUACACUGCUAAUAGUGACUGUACUGCUGCAAAGCUACUCGGCUGAUGUAAACGGUGUCCGCGGCGACAAAAACAGACCAGUUAAGCAAGUUUCCUCCCACUCUCAUCAGUUUCACCUUUCUUACCUUAAUACAUUUGCAAUGUAGAGUCGUCGGAGAAACACUGCUAACAAAACGUCGGGGCAAACCUCGGAAUGUAACCAGGUUUCCCCGAGCACUAAACUGCUGCUUUCUACGAGCUUCUCUAAAAGCACACGAUCACUUAUAUGUUACAUAUGGUUCACUUUUUAUGCUUCUGGUGGAAUGUUUUCCCGUCAGACACGUGUAUGAAUAUUUCUGUCAGCUCUUAGAGUCUGCAAAUGUCACACUUUAACUACUGAAUGAAUUUUUUAGAGCAUCCGUCUGCACUGCUGAUGUAUGUGUGUGUGUGUGUGUGUCUGAUUGAAAUCUGAGGAAAAACCAAAGUGUGUCAUUGCAGAGGAACAGAAUGUGAGAGCAGGACGUGUGUUUUUCCACACGUCUGCCACUUGUCAGAGGAUCACGCAGUGUUUUCAGCACUUUGUCACCCAAACUGUACAAGUGUUUAUUUACUGGAAAGUAGACAUCAUUUCCUCUUUCCACUUCGACUGAGGACAUGUCAGGUGUGUGUCUCACCUUGUAACCUACUGGGGCUACUGAGAGAUCGCUAGACACCGGAAACAAUCAUCUUUUCUUUGAGUUGUACACAUGGAAGUCCUACAUUUUACAAUGGCCUCAGUUUAUAGAUAUGCAAUCAAGAGUCCCUGUGGAAAAGCCUGUCCUUUGCAAUGCCUGCUCCAUUUGUACUUCACUGUUGAUUUUUUUUUGUUUUGUUUUACUGUUGCUUGUAAAGGGGAUUCACUCUCUGCUGGCCUGGGAUUAUGUAGACACAGACAACACUCCCAAACUUCAGUUUUCACUCCGCGACUGUGUUUAUAAUUGAAUUGCCACUGCUUUUUUUUAAAAAAAAAUAAUAAUUCUAUCAAAUAUUCAUUCACCUGCGUGUGGAUAAAGUGAACACUAUGAAUGUAUCCACUUCAUCUCUAAAAGUCGCCUCUUCAUCCUCAUCUCAACACAUGUAUCCAAGUGCUAAACAUAAACAUCUGUCUUGAGAAAUCUCUUUUUAUUACUUGACUUCCUUUAAAAAAAAAAGUAAAAAAUUAAUUUUCACUGCAUCAUUUGCUGUAUUUAUUACUAUUAUUUUCUGAUGGUUUGUAUUGAUCAAGCUUUAGCAUGAAAUAAAUCACUGCGUUUCGAAUCAAA